CCCCUCCCCGCCGCCGCAGGCCACCACCAGUGCGCCACGCCGCCACAACACCGCAUCGCCGCUCGCCGGCGCCCGAGCCCGGUCCUCUGCCGCACACCUCGCGGCCUUGCCGGCGCGCAUCGACCUCCUAUCCCAGCCAGCCGGCCACUCACCAUCCCCCGCGCGGCAGCGACCAGGCACCGUCUCCGCCCCCUCGCCUUCGCCCUCACCGCCGGGUCCGCCCUCGCCUUCGCUGCCAGCCGCCGCACCCCGCACCUCGCCUUCGCCCCGCAGCGCCGCACACCCCUUUGUCGGCAUCGCCCCGUCCGGCCGCCCCUCCUCCUCCUACCAAACCCUAGACCUGCCCCCCCUCAAACCCUAGGAGGGACCAGGAGGCCUCGCCGGAGCCCCCGGCGGGGGCGGCGCGGAAGCGGAACCCGGGAGGCCCUCUGCGGAGGAGAAGAGAUCUAGGAGGCCGAGCGAGGCGACGAGGGGGAGGCAAGAUGAGGAUCAUGAUCAAGGGCGGGGUGUGGAAGAACACCGAGGACGAGAUCCUCAAGGCGGCCGUGAUGAAGUACGGCAAGAACCAGUGGGCGCGCAUCUCCUCGCUGCUCGUCCGCAAGUCCGCCAAGCAGUGCAAGGCCCGCUGGUACGAGUGGCUCGACCCCUCCAUCAAGAAGACUGAGUGGACAAGGGAAGAGGAUGAGAAGCUGCUCCAUCUUGCUAAGCUCAUGCCUACUCAAUGGAGGACUAUUGCACCUAUCGUGGGUCGAACACCAUCCCAGUGCCUCGAGCGUUAUGAAAAAUUGCUCGAUGCUGCCUGUGCAAAGGAUGAGAAUUAUGAGCCUAAUGAUGACCCAAGAAAGUUGCGACCUGGGGAGAUUGAUCCAAACCCCGAGUCAAAACCUGCACGUCCGGAUCCUGUUGACAUGGAUGAAGAUGAAAAGGAAAUGCUUUCUGAGGCAAGGGCUCGCUUGGCUAACACCAGGGGUAAAAAGGCAAAACGGAAGGCAAGAGAGAAACAGCUUGAAGAGGCGAGGCGGCUUGCAUCACUGCAAAAAAGGAGAGAACUGAAGGCAGCUGGUAUUGACAACCGGCACAAGAAAAGGAAGAGAAAGGGAAUUGACUAUAAUGCUGAGAUCCCUUUUGAAAAGAGACCCCCUCCAGGCUUUUAUGAUACAGUGGGUGAGGACAGGCCACUUGAGCAUGUGCAGUUUCCAACUACCAUCGAGGAGCUUGAAGGGAGGAGACGAGUGGAUGUAGAGGCUCAGUUAAGAAAGCAAGACAUUGCCAAGAACAAGAUUCUGCAGAGGCAGGAUGCCCCUGCCGCAAUAAUGCAAGCAAAUAAACUCAAUGACCCAGAAGCUGUCACAAGAAGGUCCAAACUAAUGCUUCCACCACCCCAAAUUUCUGAUAUUGAAUUGGAGGAGAUUGCUAAGAUGGGCAAUGCUGGCGAUCCUGCUCUAGCCGAGGAGCUUGGUGAAGGAAGUACUGCUGCUAGGACACUGCUUGCAAAUUAUUCCCAGACUCCAAGGCUUGGUAUGACACCAUUGCGAACCCCGCAACGAACGCCAGGUGGGAAAGGUGAUGCUAUUAUGAUGGAGGCAGAGAAUCUUGCACGUCUAAGGGAAUCACAAACACCUCUUUUAGGAGGCGAUAACCCAGAGCUUCAUCCAUCAGAUUUCUCUGGCGUUACACCACGUAAGAAAGAGAUGCAGACUCCAAAUCCCAUGGCAACACCUCUGGCUAGCCCUGGCCCUGGUGUUACCCCAAGGAUUGGUAUGACACCGUCCAGAGAUGGAAAUUCCUUUGGGUUAACUCCAAAAGGGACCCCCUUCAGGGAUGAGCUUCACAUAAAUGAAGAGGUGGAAAUGCAAGACAGCGCACAGCUUGAGCUUCGUCGGCAAGCAGAGUUAAGAAAAGGUCUGCGAUCUGGUUUUGCUUCUAUUCCACAGCCUAAGAAUGAGUACCAGAUAGUUAUGCCACCUAUCACAGAGGAGAACGAAGAAUCUGAAGAGAAAAUUGAGGAAGAUAUGUCAGACAGGUUAGCACGAGAAAGGGCCGAGGAACAAGCAAGGCAGGAGGCAUUGCUCAGAAAGAGGUCCAAAGUGUUGCAGAGGAGUUUGCCUAGGCCACCUGCGGCUUCAGUGGAGAUUCUCCGGCAGUCUCUGAUUAAAGGUGGUGAAAGCAGAAGUACCUUUGUGCCUCCUACAUCACUUGAACAAGCUGUUGAGCUAAUAAAUGAGGAGCUCCUUAGGCUCCUUGAGCAUGAUAAUGCUAAAUAUCCGCUUGAUGAACAGAUUCAGAGAGAUAAAAAGAAAGGAAGCAAGCGUCAGGCGAACACAGCAGCUUUCGUCCCUGAAAUCGAAGGUUUCGAUGAGCAUGAACUAAAAGAGGCAAGUUCUAUGGUUGAGGAGGAGAUUCAGUAUCUUCGUGUGGCCAUGGGCCAUGAAAAUGAAUCUUUUGAGGAUUUUGUAAAGUCACAUGAUGCAUGCCAAGAGGACCUUAUGUUUUUCCCUACUAACAACAGCUAUGGUCUUGCUAGUGUUGCUGGAAAUGCUGAUAAAAUUUCUGCCUUGCAACAUGAGUUUGAAAUGGUGAAGAAGAGAAUGGAUGACGAAGCAAAGAAGGCUUCUCGGCUUGAGCAGAAGAUCAAGCUGCUGACACAAGGUUACCAGGCGCGGGCUGCAAAAUUGGGGUCACAGAUCCAGGACACCUUCAAGCAGAUGAAUACUGCGGCAACAGAACUUGAAUGCUUCCAAGAGUUGCAGAAACAAGAACAGAUGGCCGGUGCCUAUCGUGUGAGAAAUUUGGCUGAAGAAGUGAAUAAACAGAAGGCACUGGAACAGACUCUCCAAAGCCGCUAUGGUGAUCUGUUGUCUGGUUACCAGAGCAUCCAAGGACAACUUGAGGAGCACAAGAGGCUACUUAACCUACAGAAGGAGGCAAUAGAGGCAGAAAACCGUGCCAAGGAGGAGGAAGCUGCAGCUCAAAAUCGCGCCAAGGAAGAGGAAGCUGCAGCUCAAAGUCGUGCCAAGGAGGAAGCUGCAGCUCAAAAUCGCGCCAAGGAGGAGGAAGCUGCAGCUCUAAAUUGCGGCAAGGUGGAGGAAGCUUCAGCUCAAGAUGGUGCUGCUGAGGAAGAAAAUGAGAGGAAGAAUCACGGCAUUGAAGAGGAAUCAGGACAGACCAGGGUUGCCAAUGAAGAAGCUGCAGGAAGCAAAGAAAUCAUCGGGGAUCAGAUGGAUGUGGACAACGCAGAUGCAGCUGGAGAACUUGUAGGUCCGAUUCCUCCUCUGCCGGAUGCUCAAGUGGAUAAUGAUGGAGCUUCAGUUGAACAGAGUACUUCUAACGCUAAGAGUGGUGAGAACGUUGCCAUGAAUGAGGGAGCUGUUGACAAGGUUGAUUCGUCCAAAUUAGAUGGUCAAGACAAUACCAAUGGUAGCAUGGAUGUUGAUGCUGGUAGCCAGGAAGAGGGAAACAAUGUUCCUGCCGCUCCUGAUGCUACAAUUGUAGAUGUAGGGAACACACCUGUAUCUUCAGAUCAAGCUGUCUCGAAUGAAGAGAGUGACGUGGUCCCUGAAUGAAACAUCUACCACAUACCUCAUCUGCGGCGCAUGUCACAAGCAUGAUGAGGAAGGUAACUAGAAACAGGAUGCAGUUGCAAAGUGUGAAACUGUAUGUGUUGGUAAAAUUGUGGAUGGAAGCAAAUUGGAUGUUCAAGGCUGUAGACUAUUACUUUUCACUCCUUCCGAACACGCUUGUGUGCCAUGUUUAUUUUGUCAUUUUUCGUCAGGCAUUUUUCAGUUUCUGUUGGUCUGAAAAUUUA